AUGUGUUGUGAUGUGACGUCAUCCUGCCAAAGGACAGGCGUUGUUCUCCGCACAGGAGGACUGAACCGGGUCCGGCCCUGCUGGUCCAUUUCUGGAAGACUCCAGUACAGGCCGAUAUGAGACAGUGAGAGCCCAACAGAACCAGAAUCAUCUGCGAUCACCAUGACGACGCAGCCUUAGUGCUCAGCAUCCGCAUCAUCAGCAUCAUCCGCGGCUCAGGUGCGCCGCUGCGCGCGUCCGUCCGUCAGGCAGGAUGGAGUUCAAAGAGCUGGUGGACGCCGCCGAGAAAUGGUGCUCCGGGAACCCGUUCGACCUGAUCUUCGCCGAGGAUGUGGACGAGAGGCGACUGGACUUCUACGCCGAGCCCGGCAUCUCGUUCUACGUGCUCUGCCCGGACAAUCUCACCGGAGGAAACGACAAUUUUCACGUGUGGAGUGAGAGCGAGGACUGUCUACCGUUCCUGCAGCUCGCGCAGGACUACAUCUCCUCCUGCGGGAAGAAAACACUGCUGGAGGUACUGGACAAAGUCUUCAGAUCCUUCAGGCCUCUCCUGGGUCUUCCAGAUAUUGACGAUGACACAUUCGAUCAGUAUCACGCAGACGUGGAGGAGGAACCAGAGCCAGACCACCAGCAGAUGGGUGUGAGCCAGCAAUAAUGCCCAGCAGAGAGGCUCUGUGCUGGGCCACAGUCUCUGCAUCAAGCCCUGCUCUCCUAACCUUACUCGCCUGGCUCUUCUUCUAACAUACACAAACACACACCACACCAUUAAACCCUUUAAAAUCUGGACAGCUUUUCCUGCACCCUGAUUUUAACUCAAAUGAUCAUUAUUUCAUUAUUAUUCAAGCAAAGACAAAACAAAUAACUCAUUCCCAGCCUUUAUUAUAUAUAUAUAUAAUAUAUAUAUAUAUAUAUAUAUAUAUAUAUAUAUAUAUAUAUAUGACCUGUCAUGUGACUGGAUGUAGUAGAUCAGAAACUUAUGUUCAGAAUGGUAUACUAGUGCACUGCUGUCACAUGAGCUCAUUACUUUGCAUGUUUAAUUCAGUGUCAUGCAGCGAAAAUUAGGAUGUUUUGCAUUUCGCAUCCAAUUUUGUGAUAAAAGCAUUUGAAUUCUUGACAAUGUGAUCAAAUUUAAAAAAUUGCAGUCUGUAUCACAUCCUAUUCAUUCAUCAGAUUGGAAAUGGAAGGUAAAUGAUGCACAUUUUGUUAAAUUCUGUCAUCCGGGUAUUUCUUGCAAACACAAAAUUUACAUGCAAAAUACUUAUAGUGGUAUGCUAGUAUGUUAUUCUGAACAUAACACUUGUGAAUUUGCUUAAGGUAAAUAAUUAAGGAAAGUCACUUUUUAUGUGCACCGAUGAAUUAAGACCAGGAACAUGUAGUAAGAAAGUAAAUAUGGUCAAUUAUUUUGAGUUCAUGUUGACUGUAGAGAAUCUAGAUAUCCGUGAAUAAGACAUUUAACCCCAGGUCUUGUACUUUAAAUCUCUCCAAAAUACCUGCUAAGUGACAAAUAACCAAAGCUGAUUGCAAGUGCAUACAAAGUAUCUGUGGUCAAUGAUCAAAUUAAACAAGAUCAGAAGGUAAAGUCUGAUUUUCGCUGGGGCAGAGGUGAUGAGGUAAGUGUGUUUUUGGGUGGGUGAGACGUUUAAACAGACGCUUGAUUAAUCCUCUCUUUGCCUUUAUUGUCUUUUGAUUGUAUUCAUCAACAUCCUCUGACUUCAGAACAGUUAACUCAAAACUGUGUAUCUAAGUCUAAACUCUUAAAAUAAAGGUUCUUCUGCGGUUCGACACUGAAUGCAGUUCUUACCAAGAUCCAUUUUUGGCCUCAUAGGGUUCUUGAGUUGAUAUGGACUUCUUUAAAGGUGCUCUGUACGUCUAUCAGAUGUUUGUAUGCUAUCUGGGUCACUAUCUUUCGAGUUCUCGAUGUGUUUUGUGAGAAGGGGUGAGAUUUUGGUCUGAGAUGCGCUGCUCCUGUGCAACAUCUAGUAGUUGAGAAAUCAUAGCACCUUGAAAGAAGGCAUUGAUUAGUAAGUUCUUAAAAAAUCUGUUUUUAUAGCAUUUAUUUUAAAGAACCAGAGACUGAAUAGUUGGAACUUUAAUGUGACAUCAAACUGUAAAACCUGGUUAUCACCAGAACCUUUAUUUUUAAGAGUAGGCCUAUAUCAGCUGAUUCAGGUGACUGCUGUGUAACGGUCAUGUGACCUGAUGUAGCAGUUGCCACGACCUGUUUAAAGCAUCAUCCAAACACGUCAUGAUGAAAGGACUGCGCAGACAGCCACAGGAGAGGUUCCUCUGGGACAUACUGUGUGUGAGUUUGCUGAUGUUACACAUGUGGCCGCUACACUUCUUCUGUCUUCUGCUUCCAUAGUGUCUUCCUGCACACGCCCAGUCUAAAGUGAAGCGUAGAGAUGAAUUAAACCAACAUUAAAUGGAAGUGUUACUGAGAUCAAAGCUGCUGUUUUUAUGUAGUUAUGUAACCGCUCUGUACCAGAUUGUGAUAUUUAUUUUAUUUUACCGUUUAUUUAUUUCUCCCAUGGUUUAAACUUCUCAACUUUGCCACUUUUUGUAUAAUUUUAAUUUCUCUUAACCUUUUAAAAAUGUAUUUGUUUGUGUAUAUGUAUUAUUUUUUUUCACCUGACUGUCUUCAUUGUAACAGUGAAAGCUUUAUACCGGAUUUGUGAUUUCUAUUUUAUUAAUUAUUUCUAUUAUUUAUUAACAUUUAUCUAUUGCUUAUUAUUAGCACUUUUAUGAUUUAUUUAUUUACUCCUUUGUGUGUGUAAAUGCAUUUGUGGAUGAUAUUUUCGUCACCUUUAUAACUAACAAGAAGAUUGUUCAGAUCUUACAGUGUGGUAAUUGGAAAUAUUGUUAUUGAUUUUAGAUGAAUAUUGAUCAGCCUGUUGAACCUGUCAUUUAAAAUUAAACUGGAGUAAAAUUCGUUUGGGUCAGCAUGUACUGUAACCUGAAAUUCAACAAUUAAAUUUGAACCUUAUGAGUGUA